UAAUAGAAGAUGCGUGUUGCUCAACUUUUCAAAUGAUAUUAUACAGUCAUACUCUGAAAAAUUCGCAAAGUACUCUCCAGCCUGCCAAAAGAACUCUGACAGCCACACUGAUAAAACGCUACCAUGCAUUACCCAAAGUGGGUUCGAGAGAUGUUCACACAUGCAUGAUAACGCCAAUUGAUUGCGCGGCAUUGGGUCUGUCACGACCAUCAUGGUGGCUCAAGCUGGCGUACGACACAUGCUGGUACUUGCAUGGGUACUAUGUCCGUUUCCUCAAGUUUCCUCGCAAAGAAUCAUAUCUAGGAACGGCACUUUUACCUACAGACCACAAUGUCUUUAUGCCGCAAUACCCGCAAGCAGAGCAUCCUGACUUCCCAGAUGGCUAUACCUUUGCUACUCUUGGACCCUCGAAAAUUAGAUCAUCGCCAUGCCCAAUGCCAGACAUGCGUGUUGGCACAUGUCCAGUAGCCCACGCUCAUGAAAAGGAAUAGAUCCUUAUCUGCUUUAACUAUUCUUAUCACCCCAUGCACAUAUCCCUUAUUUAAUCUAUUCAAUUACUUUCACUUAUGUUUGUAAAACCGAAACACGACAUAACAAUCUAUACUUUAAACGAUGUUACAUAUUUAAAUCAUGCAUAAUCAUUGAUGGAAUUUUCAAAUGAAAAGUGGCGGCGGCUUGAUUUAGCGGACAAAAAGAGGAAGACUGACAGUCACAGCCGAAUUCCUUAAAAGACAAUUCUCAGA